AUGUCCAACUCCUCUACAGUUUCUGUAUAUGAUCUGAGUCACUUCACCACUUUGGAUGCUGCAAACGUCUUAGAGUUUGCCACAUCUCACUUUGCCACCAUCUGGCUCAUCUGCAACCAAAACUAUGUGCCUCACACCCCAGCCUACAAAGCCAGCUUCAUCCAGCACAUUCAAUGGGAAGCAGAUUGUUUUGUGUUCCCCUUCAUCAAUAUCAUCAUUGGUUGCUUCAUCUGCUUCCAAACUGGUACCAUCACUACCGAUGUAUUCCAUGACAAAUUCUUUGCACAUUGUUCUCUGAGCAACCCAACCCUGGGCUCCACUCACCAACUCAUGUUGGGGUUUGAAUUGCUGCUCUUGGACCUUCAGGAGGUCAUGGAGAUGACCAGAGACCACUUUGAGCAGCUGCCGAUGGGAACAAUGCUACUUCCAGGUCCUGUGAUCACUGACCAGGCAGAUGGAGAUGCCCUUGUCAAUCAAAUUGUGGUGGUCAGGGCCCAUCUCCAACAGCUCAGUGAUGCAUUGUCUUGUUUGCUGGAGGAGAAGACACAAGUUGCCACAGUGGCUGCAGCCACCAUGGCAAGACUUGAGGCACUGAUGGAUGAGCUCUUGGAUUCUCUUUGUCAGCACCAGUCAGUCUUGCCACCACUAGAACUGGAUGUGCCAACCAUGCUUGCUUGUCAGCAACUGGUCUGGGUUCUUGCCGAUGCCUACACAAACCUGAUUCAGCUCGAUCUUGACAUGAUUUGCUACAAUGAAGCCCUUGACAGACACUCCACUGGCCAGAUUGCAAAACAUGAAGAAGCUCUGCUUCAAAAGUUUCCUCAUCCCUCCCAGCAAUUAUUGGACAAGCCCUUGGUCCUUGUCGAUUCUGGCAGCUGCAUAAUCUUAUGGUACCUCCCAGAAGCAAUUAACCACUGGAUCCAAGCCAAUAUGGACAGUGCAACUGUCAGCAUGAGUUUUCUCCUCAAGAGGAGCACGUCCAGUGGGACAGAGACCAAUUGGAGGACAUGUUCCAAUUAUUUUCAUGUCAGCAACCGACCCCCUCUGACCCUGGGAUGCAUCAAUGUCGCCCCCUGCUGGUUCCAGCAAGGCCAAGAGGUAAGACCUCUUGCUUCUGCUGAGCUGCCAAUACUCACUUGA